UUAGUAAGGGAAAGUAGCUGUUCGCGGUGGGCUUAUUUUCCUGCACCGCGUGGUGGGGCAUCUCCGCACUGAGUGUUCUUAUAGCUUACACCCUACCAAGCUUCACUCUCAAAGCUUUUAUCAUGCCUUCAAUCAAGGCCGAGAUGCCGGUUUGUACAUAUUGGAUGCUUCCUGUCAGAUUUUAAUACCGGCCCUUUGCCCCAUUCAGCAGCCGUGGAGGCGCAGCAAUGUCAUCAGCUGCUCGUUUGUUUCCGCUACUCGAAGUCUGUUCGUGACUCAUCACUGAAUGUCACUCAUCCAAAGAUAUAAUCACCGUGGUUGCCACUUUUAGGAGUAGUAAGGAAGCAUAGUUUCGAGCCAGGACUACAUACCAACCACAGUCAUGCCAUUAGAACUUCACCCGCUUAAACCCUCAGACGCGCUGUCAUGGAUCCGCACUCGCGCACUUGCAUACUAUGGACCAACACAAGAUUUACUUCACAACGGCCCUGUCAGCGAAGUAUCCAUACGCAGUGUAGCUGAAAGUCGCAGACACGAAAUCGGCUCCCCUAACGUCUGGCACUGGAAGAUCGUCGAUACCUCCCUCCUGCCCAGCGAAGACGACCCAGAAGAUAACGGCGGCCGAACCAUCGCAGUUGCGGUCUGGAAGAUAAUGAAUGUUAAGGACCAGGCGAAAGGAGAAGGACCUAUCGAGCACGCAUCCAUCCCCUCAGAAACUGAGCCAUCAAUCACAAGUCUCCUUGGUCCGCGCUACCCAUCGUUCCUCCCUCCCGAACUGCGCCUCGAUGCUCUAGCAUCCAUUUUCGAUCCGCUUGACGCGGCUCGCGAUGCGAUCGUGGGUACGGAGAGACCGUUCUUCAUGCUGAACAGCUUAACCACGCAUCCGGACCAUCAGGGUCGUGGAGCCGCUACACUGUUGUUGGAUUGGGGAAUUAAAAAAGCGGAUGAUGAGGGUUUAGUCACGUAUUUGAAUGGGACGCAGGUUGCGAAGCCGAUUUAUGAAAAGAAGGGGUUCGAGGCGAAGAGAGUGGUGGAGUGGGAUAGGACGGUGUGGGGCGGGGAGGGAGUGGAUGUGCAUUAUUGUAUGGUUAGAGAGCCAAGGAUUAGGUGAAAGGAGUGAGUUUAAGAAUGUGGGAAAUGAUGUGGUAAGUAGUUGGAAGCAUUUGAUGCGUCUAAACACCGUAAAGAAUCUAUUUGCGUCUAUGGUUUGUAUGAGAAUAUCUUAUCUCCCAUCUUUUCUCUAAAUUCGCAUUCUAGUUGUCGACCUCUGCUCGCCAGUUCAACUACUUCCGCUCUUGGUGCAAAUCCUGCCUCUCUGUAUGCCGAAGACCUCCAGAAC